AGAAGAUGACAAGAAAGAAGCAAAGAUCUCAUUACCAGAGAAUAUACAAAGAAAUGAAUGGAAAACAUACAAAAGUGAAAUAGAUAUAACGCAAUUUCAAGAAGAGAUAGAUCAAACUUCUG